AUGACCCCUCUACACUUAGUGGCUAUCUUUUCAUCCCUGUGGGACAUCAUCUGGAGCUGUUGCUUGACCAUAUUCACUUGUACAUGGACCGCAGUCCAUCCAAACAUUCUGGGUAUGUACGAGAGCAAAGCUAUGAAAAUCGCUCGUCGUAUCGGAAUCAUGAUCCUGGCGAUUGUUGCUCCAGAACUCAUGAUCACUUGGGCUAUGCGGCAAUUCUUGAGUGCCCGUAGGACUGCAAAGCAAUUCAGAUGGGGAAUGACUCAUGGGUUUUUCGUGUGGAUGGGUGGAUUCAUGCUCUAUGUCAAUGGCGUGCAGCGGGCCACUCUUACACCCGAUGAACUCCUGCAGUUUAUUCAUGCAGGACUCAUUGACAUGCCUGCCAUCACAGUGGACGAGAUAGAUGACCGAAGUAAGAUUGAUGCACUAUCUAAAUGGGUCACAAUUCUUCAGCUGGUGUGGUUUGUCUCCCAACUCGUCGCCCAUCAUGUCCAGAAGCUGCUGAUGACACUGCUUGAAACAGAGACGAUGGCUGUAGCCACUCUGACCUGGAUUUACUAUUUCUUGUGGUUGAAGAAGCCUAAGGAUGUAGGGAUUCCUUAUGCCCCCUGUUUAGCCUGCAUUUUAGCAAGUGGGAUCCACGUUGGGAAAUAA